AAAUCUCUUAGAGCUUUCAUUGAUCACUGUAAAUGUCACAUUAAUGCUUUAGAAGCGCUCAAAUUGGAUGUUCAAAUUGAAGAUUUACUUUACAUGCAAAAAAUCACUUCUCAACUUGACUCUAAUAUCUUGCGCGAAUGGGAAAAACGCAUUGAAAUAAAUGAAAUCCCUACUAUGGAUAAACUGUGGGAAUUUCUUGAAAAUCAAUGUAAGGUAAUGGAUGCUAUUUCAUCUCAUAGCCCCUCAAAUCCACCAACUAAUCAAAAGGUUUUUACUCAAGCUACUUCGAAUGCACCCAAUGUUAGGCAAAAUACUCGUCCUUUUGCUCAAAAUAAUACUCUGAAUAAUUUUCAGCCAUCAGUAUCCUGUCAAUUUUGCAAUGAUCGAUCUCAUGGGAUUUUCAAAUGUGUCAAUUUUUCAAAGAUUCCCAUCAAUCAACGUUAUGAUGCAAUCAAAAGGAAAGGGUUGUGUUUCAAUUGCCUUAAUCCUUACACUGACAAUCACAACUGCUCUUCAAAGAGAUGCCAAAAAUGUGAUAAGCGACAUCACACUGUUCUACAUGAUUCCUUUACUAGCAAUUCAGGAGCUGAAGUCUCCAAUCAGUUGGAAACCUUCUGGAAGCUGGAAGAAGUCUCUUCAGUUAUUCCUGUCUCUCCUGAGUGUGCUAGGGUUGAAGACGUGCAUGUCGCUGGGCCGGAAUCGAGAAGCCAAGAAGGAGCGGAAACACCAUUGUUUCCAGAUCUACGUGGGUGUAAGAACAUACGCUCAUGAGGAGUUUGAUUUGUGGCUGUGCAAAGUAAUGUUCUUGUUGAGCUAA